GGGCAGGGCUCAGCCCCUCCGGGAGCCGCGGGUAGAGCCGAGCCGAGCCGAGCCCACCCGUGCCAUGCCCCGGGGCGGCGGCUGCCGCUCCUCCUCCCGGCGGCGCAGCGGGGGGUAAGGGGCGCGCAACCCCCCCCCGCCCUGGCACCGGCCAUGAGCCGACGGGCUGCGGGCAGCUCCUGAGCGCCCGGCCCGGUCCCGCCAUGCGGCCCCCGACGGCUCGGGACCUGCCCCGAGGCGGGCGCCUGGCGGCCCUGCUGCUGGUGGCGCUGGCGUGGGUGCCCAGCGGGUCGCCCGCCUGCCCCGCGCUCUGCACCUGCUACGUCUCACCGCCCACCGUCAGCUGCCAGGCCAACAACUUCUCCUCGGUGCCCACGGGGCUCCCGCCUGGCGCCCGCCGCCUCUUCCUGCAGAACAACGUCAUCAGGGCGCUGCGGGCGGGCACCUUCGGGCCCAGCACCGUCACCCUCUGGCUCUACUCCAACAACAUCUCCUCCAUCCAGCCGGGCACUUUCCGCCACCUGCCCGCCCUCGAGGAGCUUGACCUGGGUGACAAUCCGCACCUCCGCGUCCUGGCGCCCGACACCUUCCACGGCCUCCGGCGCCUACAGGCCCUGCACCUCUACCGGUGCCAGCUGGCCAGCCUGCCCAGCGCCAUCUUCCGCGGCCUCUACAGCCUCCAGUACCUCUACCUGCAGGAGAAUGGGCUGCUCUACCUCCAGGACGAUCUCUUUGCCGACUUGGCCAACCUGAGCCACCUCUUCCUGCACGGCAACCGGCUGCGAGCUCUGUCCGAGGGCGUUUUCCGUGGGCUGCCCAGCCUGGAUCGCCUGCUGCUGCACGCCAACCGCCUGGCCACCGUGCACCGCCGCGCCUUCCGCGGCCUGGCCCGCCUCACCAUCCUCUACCUGUUCAACAACAGCCUGGCGGCGCUGCCCGGGGACCCACUGGCCGCACUGCCCGCCUUGCAGUUCCUCCGCCUCAACGCCAACCCCUGGGCCUGCGACUGCCGUGCGCGCCCGCUCUGGGCCUGGUUCCGCCGCACCCGUGUCUCCAGCUCGCCCGUGCCCUGCGCCAGCCCCCCGCACCGCCGCGGCACCGACCUGCGGCACCUGCGGCCCCGUGACUUCGACGGCUGCCCCGAGGAGGACGAGGAGGAGGACGAAGGCAAAGAUGAGGAUGACAGCAACGGGGGUGGUGGUGGCGGCGGAGCGGUGGCAGUGGUGGGCACCCCUGGGCGGGCGCUAGGCCGCCCCGGCACCCUGCCUGCCGCACCGCCUUCCGCCUUCUACCGUGACGGGCUGCCGCCGCACGACCUGCGGGGCCCCCAGCCCCGGCCGCCCCCUCCGUCCCGUGACUCCCGCGGCCCCUCCGGGGACACCCCUGUGGCAGUGGCUCCCCGCCCAGCCCCCACCCUCCUGCCCCUGCUGGGCCUGCUCCUGCCCCGUCUCUGAGCCCAACCGGGGGGCCUCCGGACCCCUCACAGGUCCUCCCGAGGUGCUUAAGGCAGGAGGUGUCCCCAGGACUCUGCUCCCACCCGUCCCGAGUGAAAAGAACCCACGCAGGCUCCGCGCGGUUGGGAAUUCUUUAUUAAAAAUGGUCUUAUUUUGGGAGCGUGGGGCCCAGCGGCUGCGGCGCUGCCUUUCCAGGUCA